AUUGAUUUAAAUCUCGCUGAUCGGAAAUCAGUAUUCAAUGCUCACGCUUAAGACGACCAUAGCGAAAGUGAACGAUAUAACCGACUCAAAGUCAGUCGGGUACCUGUAACCGUGUUUUACUGCUCUUGUCUCGAGAUGCUCUUCAGUCCGAGAGGUCGUAAAGUAAACAGACUGGCUGGAGUAGCAAGCAGCGAAAGGAACGGAAAAGAUUGUAACUCAAACAAAUCAGCGCCUGUUUUGUGAAAACAGACAGAUAUAACUACAUCGGUUUGCUACACUCGACGGAAUAAGGUGAAGACACGAUGGAGAUGCUGUGUUUCCGCUUGCCCGGCCAUGGGGACAUGACCCUCAAGCACAUGAAUUCUUUGAGGUCUCGCCAGCAUUUCUGUGAUGUCACCAUAUUGAGCAGCAACAACCAAACAUUCCGGGGACACAAGGUAGUCCUGGCUGCAUGCUCACCCUUCCUGAGAGACCAGUUCCUCCUCAACCCUUCCUCCAAGCUUCAGGUGUCAAUGCUGCACAGCUCUUCAGUUAUGUGUGAUCUGCUACAGUCCUGCUACACUGGUGUCCUCCAAUUUAAACCGGAGGAGAUAGUCAACUACUUGACUGCGGCAAGUUACCUGCAGAUGGAAUAUAUUGUCGAGCGAUGCCGUGAUGCUCUGAAGAAGUACAUGCAGCAGAAAAACCCCAAUCCACUGAAGAUAACUACAGAGCAGAGCCCACCUCAGCCCGUGAUUGUCAGUGGCAGCAUUCAUUCCAUCGCAUCCACCCUAAGCGGCCGCCCUGAAGUCCACUUGGUGGAAGAGAACAGCGCACAGGACAAUCAUCAGCGCAAUGAUGGCAAAACAUGUGUGAAAGUUAAUCCAUCAGACCAAGGAGGAGACGCCCACCGAGAUGUGUUCCAAGUGUACAUCUCUGAUGAAGAGCAGAACAUUGUCAAGGAGGAAGAGUCCGGAGCUCCCACCGAUGCGCAUAAGGAUGCCCGUUCCCCCCCGGAAGACGGGGCGAUGGCAGAAUAUGACUUAACAGCUCAAGAUGCCGGCGCUGACGCCUUCUCAAAGGAUGGACUGCGAUCUUCCAGACACAAGUUGUCAGAACCCGUCCGAGGCCGAGGGAGAGCGACGGGGAGGGGUUUCAAGAGGAGGCGGUGGGUGUCGUCUCAAGAGAAAAAAACUCCUCGAUCAGCCUCUCAAGAUUUGUGGUACCUCGCAGGGACCGCUGGCGGCUUUGGGAUGGACUUGAGCGAAGGGCUCAAGACGGGGAAUUUUUUCUCAGUCGACCUCCCGCGAUUGGACUUAAGUUUAGACGACACUCGGGGGGAUAAGUCGUUGCCGCUGGCCGCCAGCAGUUUGACACAUUUUGCAGUGGACGAGUCUGGCGACGGCGGCGAAGGGAGUUGCGGGUUGAAUCCCGGCACGAGCGAGGGAGGGGACGAGUCCGUCGCCGUGGUGGGCUCCACAUCCAGCGUAACCGGGCCCGUCAUCUGCGAGCACUGCGGUGUGACGUGCCCCUCAACCCACGCCCUUGCCAUGCACUAUUGCUCCGCCCACCAGGUUUACUCCUGCCCCUUCUGCGACAAGCAAUUCCACCAUUCGUACAACCUGAACCGCCACAUGGCCUUGCACCGAGGCAACGGCAAACCCCAUCAGUGCCCCCUGUGUUCCAAGGGCUUCACCCAGAGGUCCACGCUCAUCGACCACAUGAACCUCCACAGCGGCGAGCGCCCUCAUCGCUGCGCGUAUUGCAACGCCCGCUUCGCUCACAAGCCCGCGUUACGGCGCCACCUGAAAGAGCAGCACGGCAAAACAACAGUGCAGAAUUCCAUCCACGAGCAAGAGGAGAGGGAGAGAACGCUCGGGAGGAUACGAGAAGAAGCACAAGAAUGUCCAGUUACUGAGCAAACGUCCUGAAAACCAAAGAAUUUAAGGCUAAACCAUUUUUCAUCACGUGAACAUAGUUUAGCUGUGAGGCCUUUUUAAAUGUGUGUGUAAUUUUAAUCUUCAACUGAUUUUAUUAUUUUGUACAAUGUCUAAAAAUGGACAUUUUUAAAAAUAUUUUGAUGCCUUAAAAAAAAAAAAAAUCACUGGUUUUAAUGUCUGUAAAUAUUGUAUUCCAUGUAAGCGCGAUCCGGAGGAAUCUUCGUGGGCCUGUCUGUCACUUGUUGUACACUGCCUAUUGCAAGGCCGUAAGUGCUGUUGUUCAAAGAAAUAAAUGUUUGAGGUCUG